AUGCGUGAGGACAUCGCGCAUGCACAGUGUUGAGCAGUGGGGGGACGAUAGUUCUGGGAGUGACAGUGUCUGUAGAUGUGGAGGAUAAAAUGAACUGUGGAUGAUGUUAUGAAGCGAGAUGGCGUACCAGGAAGGAGAGACGCUUGAAUCGUGGCUUAACAAAGCCACUCACCCGACUAACAGACAGGAGGACUGGGAGUACAUCAUCGGCUUCUGUGACCAGAUCAACAAGGAGCUGGAAGGUCCACAGAUCGCUGUACAGCUCCUUGUUCACAAAAUCCACUCGCCUCAGGAAUGGGAGGCUCUCCAGGCAUUAACUGUGUUGGAGGCCUGCAUGAAGAACUGUGGCAGACGAUUUCACAACGAAGUGGCCAAAUAUAGGUUUUUAAACGAGCUCAUCAAAGUGGUUUCCCCCAAGUACAUGGGAGAAAGCAUCUCUGAGAGGGUGAAGACAAAGAUUAUUGAAAUGCUGUACAGCUGGACUGUAGCGUUCCCUAACGAGGCCAAAAUAAAUGAAGCGUACCAAACACUGAGGAGACAAGGACUCAUCGCAUCAGAUCCUGAGCUGACGGUUGAUAAAACUCUGAUCCCGUCUCCACCUUCUCGGCCCAAAAACCCGGUGUUCGACAACGAGGACAUGGGCAAGUUGUUGGCGGAGCUGCUCCGCAGUAAAAACCCUGAGGACCUGCAGGAGGCCAACAGGCUGAUUAAGAACAUGGUGAAGGAGGACGAUGUUCGGGUUCAGAAAAUGACCAAACGCAUGCACACACUGGAGGAGGUGAACAAUAACGUCAAGCUGCUGAGCGAGAUGUUGAGUCAUUACGACCGUGACAGGUCAUCAGACGCAGACCGUGACCUCAUCAAGGAGCUGUAUGAGCGCUGUGACAAACUGAGACGCACAGCCUUCAAGCUGGCCACAGAUACGGAGGACCAUGAUGCUAGUUUAGGUGAAAUUCUUCAGGCCAGUGAUGAGCUGGAGAAAGUUAUAAGCCUGUAUAAGAAGGUCGUAAAGGGUGAGAUGGAGGGAGACAACGCUGAGGAACAGAAAGCAGCACACGGAAAAGAUUGUGAGACAGACACACUCAUCGAUCUCGCUGGUCUGGAUGAACCUCCUGCUCUCCUGGCAGCUCCGCCCACUCAAGUCUCCAGAGCAACUUUGACCAAUCAGACCACCUGCAGCAUUCCCGUGAUCCCGCCCCCUCCUCGCAGAUUGGCUGGAGGAUCUGCCAGUCAGACCAGUAGCCCCAUUCACAGAGCCUCAGAGCCGUCUCCGGCCCACUCGCUGCUGCUGGACGACGAGCUGCUGUCUUUCGGGUUGAAUGAACCUCCUCCGGUACAGAGCAGACCCAAACUGGAGGACGCGUCCAGCCAGUGGACGUCUUUACAGGCUCCUGCUCCUCCUGGACUUGACAUGUUCUCCGGUGGAGCAGCAGCAGCACCAAGCACCGGGUUUCCACCUACACACACCUCAGGCCACUCCACACACUCCACACAGCCUGAUGCAGUGACUCAGGGGCUGCAGGAUCUCGCCAUGCUGAACCUGGGAGAGGUGCAGAGUGUCUCAGGUCAGCCUGUCAUGGCCACCGGUGUUAGUUUGGGUUUGGCCAUGCCUUCCUCUCUCUCUUAUUCCAAUCCCUUUAUCAGCUCCACCAUGCCCGGCUCGCCCCUGCGCACUCUACAGGGAAACCCUGUGCGCACCGAAGCAUCCCUCAGUAACCUACAUGUUCCUCUCGAAAGCAUCAAAACCAGUAAGGCCCUUCCUGUGACUGCGUACGAUAAAGACGGAGUGCGUGUCCUCCUGCACUUCGGCUCUGAGUGUCCUCCUGGGAGAGCGGACGUCCUCGUCAUCGUGGUGUCCAUGCUGAACACAGCUCCUCUUACAGUGAAGAACAUCGAGCUACAGGCUGCAGUGCCGAAGUCUAUGAAGGUGAGGCUUCAGAGUCCAUCGGGAACUGAGCUGGCGCCCUUUAGCCCCGUCCUUCCCCCUUCCUCCAUCACACAGGUCAUGCUUCUCGCUAACCCUCUUAAGGAGAAGGUGCGUCUGCGCUAUAAGCUGAUGUUUCUCCUCGGAGAGAGACAAUACUGUGAAGUGGGAGAGCUGGAUCAGUUUCCUCCACCAGAGAGAUGGGGAAACCUGUAGAGCAAACACACACACACACACACACACAGAGUAAGAUUCGUAAGAAAAAUCCUGUUUUAUUUAUUGAUUAGUUUGUAUUUUCGUAAAGCUGUAAAUGACCAGUGUUAUCGAGGGUCCAAGUUAGCUUCUAGUCGCUCUGAGCUACAGCACUAAAGCUAAUGCUGAGAUUCCACACUGCACACGUGGAGUCCAAAUCAUCAAGAGGAAAUCGACCCAGUUCUGUAUGCCUCCGUUCAUCGAUAUACAUGUGUAUGUUACACUGCACUGAUGUGUGGAGCUUUACAUGUACACACACACACACACACACUCUCCCAUACGCUGGACAUUUGUGACAACCAUGUGUUAUGAUGACGCUCCAUCAUCCACCGUGUCACCCAAUCAGGGACAGUCAGGGGCGGAGUAUCCACCUUUGAGCUUUCUGAAAUCAUCAGUCUCCGCCCACAACGCUUAAACCGUAUCGGUGUGUUUCAGCGUAACCCUGAGCUCAAGCUAGCAAGCAACACACCACUUUUCAUUUCCUGUGUAAGUUUACAACAUAGGAGGUUUUUUUUUCUAAAUUUUAAUUAUUUAUGAUGUGGUAAUUCAACAGAUCCUCAUGCCGAGUGUUGUUCAGUGUUUUUCCAGUUCUCAGUGUUUGGUGCUAAAAAUGGAAAAAAUGUUUCUUUUAUUCCAAAGCGAUAAUAUGAGAGUGAUGAGACGGCCAAAAGUGAGAGCAUUAAUGUGACAAACUCACCAGGAACCAGUCGCUUGCUAGCGUGAGCUCAGACACGGAACAAGUCCGAGUGCUGAGCUGAUUUUUUUUUAAUGUUUGAUGGAAUUCAGUUGAAUUUAAUGAACAUGUUUAUUUUUAUGUUAUGUGUCAUGUUUACUGAAUGAAUGUGAUUUAAUUUAUUGAUGUCAUUGUGCAAUACAGGUGUGUUUAAUUGC